GUGAGUUAAAGAAAAAUCAGUAUAUAUUUAAUAUUCAAAACGGAUAAGAUAAUCUAUUUUAAGUUGUGAACGUAUACUAUGUUAUUUUUGUGGAAAAUAUUUCCUUGAAAUAUUUUAUUAUUGUCGAAUUUAAAUAUUUCCCGAAUAGACCUUUCGAACAUGAGCUGUCAGUGAAUGUUUUUGCUUGUGGAACGAAAUUGAAUGAUUGUUGAAAACAAUAUCUUAUCUUAGUUAGAGCACAUCAUUGUACGUAUUGUUAUAGAAUAAAGCGAAUUUCUUAAAAGAAAGUGAACAUCAUGGACCUAAUCCAACCAAAUGAAAUUAUACUUCUAAUAUGGGAUGCGUCAUUUGAUUUGGAAAAAUCUGGCUUCGAUGCAGAUUCAUUGAAAGUCAAGUUCGAUGCUGCCAUAAAGUUCGAGAAUAUUCUCCGGCUCAACUUAGCGGCCUACAGUGAUUCAACAUUUACAUUAAUAAUAUUGAAAACUAAUGGUGACAACUUGGACAUACCAUUAUUCGCCUCCAUAUUAAAAUUGUUGAAACCAAGCGGUCGCCUUGCGGUAUCAUCUCAAAAUUCUGACCAAGUACGCGAGACCCUAAAAUUAGCUGGUUUUGUGAAUAUCUCAGCGAAUGGAAAAGACAUUGUUGGUGAAAAACCAAAAUAUGAAAUAGGCUCGGCCGCUAAAUUAUCGUUUGCUAAAAAAGAACCAACCAAUAAUAAGGUAGCAACCGUUUGGAAAUUGACCGACGAAGAUGAUGACGUCAUCAAUGAAAAUGAUUUACUCGAUGAAAAUGACAAAAUCAAACCAGAUCCUUCCAACUUAAGAGUGUGUGGAACAACUGGCAAACGAAAGGCAUGCAAAGAUUGCUCAUGUGGCUUGGCAGAUGAGCUGGCUGCCGAAAGCAAACAAAACAUGCAAUCAACGGAAACAGCCAAAUCGUCUUGUGGAAGCUGCUAUUUAGGUGACGCAUUCCGCUGUGCAACAUGCCCGUAUUUGGGUAUGCCAGCUUUUAAGCCAGGUGAAAAGGUGCAGCUGUCUGGUGGCCUAUCAAAGGAUGACUUAUAAAAUGGAUAAAUGUAUUUUCCCAAUUUUGUUGGUCAAAUGAAUAAACAAGUCAUGAAAUGAGUUUCAUUUAGUUCUGUUGUUCUGUUUUAUUCUUACAAAUUGUACCCUUAAAACAUAAUUAGUAUUUACAUGAUUUCUUUUUGCUAUUGUAAUUCUAAUUUUUUUCAAGCGUCAAUUCGCUAACUUUCUCGUUCAAUUGCGUUUCGUCAUCGCAUUCCGACUUGAACGUUUCGGCAUCGUAUAUGACCCGCACGAUCAGCGAACAGCUUGGACAGGUUGCUACUUCUUCGCCAGCUAAUAAGUCCUCCUUUGAAAUCUCGAAACGAUCACCGCAAGGACAUGGAUAGUGAUAAAUAUCAUUUUCUUCGUCGUAUUCAAAGUCUUCAAUUUCAAUUUCGUCGUGAUACACACUCAUCGUUCUUAAAAAAUAUUUUUUUCUUCGAUUCAAAACUAUUUACAUUGUAUCAAAAAGCACGUUUGACAUCGUUUGACACAUGGCAUGACUUUGCAGACAACUUCAGACCAAUCACUUUUGUAUAUUUAAAUAUGGCAGUUUUCUAACAGAAACAAAAGUCAGAUGCGCAACGCUACAACACAUAUCGUACCGAAAACCAACGCCACUUUGAAAAUUUACAGAAAAACAAUAUUUAAAGACACACAAUGGGCAGCAAUUCAAGUAAAACCUUUACCCAAUCAGCGCAACAAACACCAGUGUCAAAGGUUAAAAAUUGCAGCAAGGGAAAAAAUAAUUUGGAAAAUAUUUUACUGGAUCCGCGAUCUCCAGAUGUAAACAGAACUCCGUUGGCAAGUAUUCUGGUGAGUCGUAUGAAAACGGCUGAAGAAACACCUUCCACACCAACAAAAUAUGUGCGCGAAACACUAUUGAACGAUUCAAAGGAGAAAAAAUUUUUGGACCCACGAUCACCGAGCCAAUUUAUCCCACGCACACCAUUAAAUCUGUCGUUGAAUGGCGAAAAUAUUGAAAAUAGCAGUGGACAAUACUCAUUGGAAUAUAGCGGUUGCAUCGAAGAAGCCAGCUGUCGCAAUUUUAACGAACGUUUAGCAAACAUCACUUUUGAUGAUGAUGAUUUGUAUGCCGAAGGCAAUGCCCCAAAAACGGUUGAGAGGAAAACCAACGAAUUUAUUGACGAUAUAUCCACUUUGUGUACAGUAGAUGAAGAGAAUGACCAUGACCAUGACCAGCCUUCAUCAGAUUCAUUAGAACUUACAGAGAAAGGCAUCCAAAACACACCGGUUACCACGUUAGAAGCGCCAAAGGACCGGUUUGAUACAAAUGUUGUGUAUGCAGACGGUGAAAAUGUAUCACCACUCGUUGAUCCAAAUAUGUGCAUUAAACGUAAUGCGCUAUCAGCAUUUAGCAGUACUCCGAUUUCAACAGCGAUUAGUCAGCAAAAGUUAGCCAUCAAGAAAAACAACAAGCCGAAUACAGAGAUAUUCAAGGAUGAUCAAAAGAUCAACAAUAUCGAGUAUGCAACACCGGCAAAACGCAUGGCUAAAAUAAAGGAAGUUGACAAUCCACGCACCCCAUUUGGUUCCAUUCAAAAUCAUCGAUCAAAAUCCACUGAAAACCUAUCACAACAGCCGCAGACUCAACUCAAAGAAAGUGUUCGUCCAUACCAUAUCAAUGACGAGAAUUUCACACCGAAUUCAAAGCUACAAGCUUCAUCGAAGCAAGGAAACAAGUCACGACGAAUAAACCAAAUCGCUUAUGAUUAACUAGUUCGCUUCAACUUUAUUGUACUUUUAAUUGUACUGUUUUUUUUGCAUUGAAUUUGUCAUUUUUCCAUUUUACUCCCAUUAUUUUUGGUUUUCAUGUAUUAAAAACGAAUUCUUUUUCCCAUUUUUUUUUUGGUUCUUUCUAGAUUUAUUCAGGUACAAUUAAAAAAUCGGUUGAUUAGCAAAAUAAGAUUUAUCCUCUUUUAAGUAAACAUGCACGAUAAUUUAAUGAAAUAAAGCAAACUGUAAAUGUA